CUAGUUUGUCCAGUCACAGAGCAGCAAAAGCAAAAAAAAAAAUCGCUUUAUUCCGUGUGUAUUUUUCGCGAUCUAGUCGACCGGAGCGCGGAGGAUGACGGAGCUGUUUGGGAUUCUGGGUCUGGCUCUCGACGCUGUGUUCAUCGCUGCAUCAGUGUUGCUUCAGUGACGCGAGGAUCUGCUGCGAAAGUUUAGUAUUGAUCCUGAGCUUGAACGGCGUAGAUCGUGUGCAAACUUUGACGUAGUUCCACAGAGAGUGUUGCAGCAUAGAUUGUGUGAUGUGCAGUUUGGGAGCCCAGUGUUGAUUGGAAAAACGGAGCUCUAAAGUGCAGAUAAGCUAGUAAGCGCGAGUAACAAAACGAAAACAUUGAAUACUAUUAGUGACAAGUGUUUGCUACCGUUCAUGCGGUGGAGUGCGAUUCCGUUAAUUUUAAUUUUUGUUUUUUGUUACUGCUGCUAAAUUAGUAUUUAGAGCUGGCACAGGGUGGUCACAUUAUGCGAUAAGAGGGAAGUGCAGAAGAAACACGGUUCCGAAUAUUCGUUCGCUUGGGCGACGUUCAUCGUAUGCUGAAGGCCAGAUUCGAAUGUGAAUUCGAUUCGAUCCAUACACUUUUAACCACUUUUUUAUUGGUGUUUGUCAUCCGUUCCACGGCUGCGCUGCGUUAAGUGUGUUUUGAUAGCAAAAGAUAAGCGAAGCAAAAAUAUAAGUGAUAAUAAAUCAACGCUGCUAAAAUCAUCGGAGGAACAGUCAUCAUCGAUUUCGGUCAUCGGUUAUCAUGUCGACGCUUCUGAACCUGGACAGUUAUCGUCAUGAAUUGUUCGAGCAACAACAGCAGCAGCAGCUGUCGUCUUCGCCGACCUAUUCGGUGCUCUCGAUGGAAUCUUCGACGUCGUCGCCGAGUACCAGUGAGAACAACAACCAGAACUAUUCGAGCAAUUCUCCGUCCAGCACCAGUAAUAUGUCCCCGCAGUCAACACUCAGCGAAACGAGUUCUUUCAAUAUGCAAAAUCUUAACAUAUCCACCGGUUACCACUACUACAGUCCCCAAACGGUGGGGGACGAUGGCAGACUGCAAACAUUCAACUACCCUGCUCAAGGAAACGUGACUGAACAACCACGCAUUGAACUGACCGUGCCUCACUUGGUGAUUUUGGAGCAACCAGUGGACAAGUUUCGCUUUCGGUAUCAGUCCGAAAUGCACGGCACGCACGGUUCGUUGAUGGGUGUCCACACGGAAAAGAGCAAAAAGACGUUCCCAUCGGUGGAAAUACGAGGAUUUCAAGGGGAAGCAAAAGUGCGAUGCUCGCUGUACCAGGUGGAUCCGUCCAAAAGGGCAGCUCACUCGCACCACCUGGUGAUCAAAAGCGGUGAGAUCGAUCUGAACGAUCCGCACGAUAUUGACGUGAACGUUGAAACCGGUUACGUUGCCACCUUUCAGGGCAUGGGAAUAAUUCACACGGCGAAAAAGAACAUCGCCGAAGAGCUGUGCAGAAAAAUCAAAAAGCAGCGAAUGGUUGAAAUGAACCGAGAACUUUCGCUCCGCGAAGAACAUCAGCUGCAGAAAGAGGCGGCGGAAAUGGCAAAAACGAUGAACCUGAAUCAGGUUUGUCUCUGCUUCCAGGCAUUCCAAGUGGAUCCGGUGUCGGGACGGUGGACCCAGCUGUGCGAGCCGGUGUAUUCCAAUCCCAUUAAUAACAUGAAAAGUGCACUUACGGGGGAACUCAAAAUCUGUCGACUCAGUUCUACCGUUGGCAGCGUCGAUGGGGGAGAAGAAAUCUUCAUGUUUGUUGAAAAAGUUUGUAAAAAUAACAUCAAAAUCCGCUUCUACGAGCUGGACGAAUUCGACCGGGAGAUCUGGCACGGGUGGGGUUCCUUCUCGGAGGCGGACGUACACCAUCAGUAUGCGAUCGCCUUCAAAACGCCCGCCUACCACAACAAGGACAUCACCGAACCGGUGGAGGUGUGCAUGCAGCUGUUCCGACCCCGCGACAAGUGCCAAAGCGAACCGGUUCCGUUUAAGUUCAAACCCCGUCCCGGAAUGGUAACGCUGGUGAAUCAAUCGCGCAAACGGCAACGGGUACACUCGGGCAACGUUUCCUGCGAAAUACCGACCGUCGUUCCCAACGAAAUGGUACCCGGUCCGAGUCGGCUGCCACCGCUUCAUCAGCCAUUCCCGAUGGUGCAGACGCAGGGCCACAUGCCGGAGCCGGGGACCAUCAGUAAGGAGUUCAACAAGUCCGGCAUUAUUCAGGAAAUUCUGGAGAGCCACAUUCCCACCACGAUCGCCGGUGACAUUUCGUUCAGUUCGAAUGAUUUCAAAGAUUUCGUACAUUGUAACUCGGAAGAGUUGCAUAAGCUCAUCAACGAGAUCGGGGAAGCGCAGGAACUGGCAAAGCUAGAAACGGAUGCCGUUUCGGCUGCCCAGGUCGAUGGGGAGGCCGCCCGUUUCGAGCGGGCUCUGGAGGCAUAUUUAAGCGAGAACCAGCAGGCAAAAGAUGUAGAUAUUCUGAAAAAGAUUCUAGCCAUUAUAAGGCUGUUUCGAAGUGACUACGACAGAUGUCGAGAGCUAAUAUCGGCUCUGUGGAUGUCAUCCAAUAAGCAGAAAGUCAACUGUCUCCACAAGGCAAUCGAACGACGAAACGUCACCAUCGUGUGCAAACUGAUCGAUUUACUGCUGAACUACCGGCUGCACGAACUACUGAACCUGAUAAACGAUCGCAACGAGAGUGCUCUACAUCUGGCUGUUUCCGCUAACCUGGUGGAAGUGGUUGAGGCACUGCUGCUCGCCGGGACUAAUAUCAAUGGCUGUGACUAUCGUGGGAAUUCCGUGUUGCACCGGGCCGUCGUUGACGGAGCCAUCGAAAGCUUAGGCACACUGAUGGACCACUGCAAACGAAUUGGAGCACGGGUGGAUGUAACCAACGACGACGGUGUUACCGCGUUACAUUUGGCGGUCAUUUGUAAGAAUCUGAAGAUUACGCGACUGCUGUUGGAUAGUGGUUGUUCGCACAAGGUACGGGAUCUGAAACACGGCAACAACAUUCUUCACAUCUCGGUGGAAAGCGAUUCGCUUGAUAUGGUUAACUACAUUCUGGAAAACGUAGACAAGAGCCUCUCCGACGAGCCAAACAACGCCGGCUACACUCCGCUUCAGUUGGCAGGUGCCCGGCACUUGACGAACUCGAAUAACAAACUUAUUAUAAAAGAGCUGCUCCGAUUCAAUCCGAGAGGUAUGUUGGAGAAAGAAUCCUCCACCGAUGAAGAUGAUGAAGACUCCGAACUGCAGGAGGGCCAGCUCACUCCCGGUAGUAGUCCUGCGUCAACCGAAGGUAUGCUUCUAUCGAUGAAUUUAACUUGUGAUCGGGGUGAAGUUGUAAGGAUACUGGAGGAACAUACCGUUCAAGGUGAAGAGACAACCGAGUUAACGCCACUUAAGAAUGUGCCCUACAAUUUGACGGUGGAGGAAACCGUAGAAGAUCACAUGUUUGAUGAAGAGUGUUUUUCGCAGCUCUGCGAGCUGUUAAACCACGAUCAUACGUGGAAGGAACUCGGCUCACUGCUUGAAUUCAACGCUUUUUUCGCCAUCUGGGAACAGUCAGCGAAUCCCACCGGCAUGCUGCUUAAUUGCUUUGAGAUGCAAAAAAUGAAACUGGACCACUUGAUAGAGAUGCUACAGGCGCUGGAUCAGAAGGAUGCCGUUCAUUUAAUCGACGAAAUGGUGUGCCGGAAAUUGAAUUGAUCGUACUCCGGCCCGAAAGAUCAACCUACAGAAUAUCAAAGCUCUGCUCAAGCAUUUGUUGAGCUACAGCUGUCUACCAUCAUAUCAAUGCUAGUGAUUUUUUUUAUCAUACAAUGUGCAUCUUACUUGAUAAUUUAAGUAUAUUAAACCAUGGUUAUA